CCCUGGGAUCCAGGCCUGUUCCAGCCUGGAUGGGGCUGCUGGGGAGUGUGAGAAAUGGUCCCAGCCUCCCCCAGGGCCGAGCUCUGCCCCUAACGCUCCGAUUCUCUCUCUCUCCAGCGAAUGUGACUCUGGAUCCAGACACGGCUCAUCCUGAACUCGUCCUGUCUGAGGAUGGGAAAAGUGUGAGAUGGGAAGACACAGAGCAGGAUCUGCCUGAUACCUCCGAAAGAUUUGACACUGAGCCCUGUGUGCUGGGCUGUGAGGGAUUCACCUCAGGGAGACAUUGCUGGGAGGUGGAGGUGAAGGGUGAGGGAGGCUGGGCUGUGGGGGUGGCCAGAGAGUCUGUGGGGAGGAAGGGAGAGAUCAGCUGUAGCCCUGAGUGGGGGAUCUGGGCUGUGGAGUGCUGGUGGGGUCAGUUCCAGGCUCUCACCUCCCCUCUGACCCCCCUGCCCCAGCGCCGGGUCCCCAGCAGGAUCCGGGUUUGUCUGGACUGUGACCGGGGGCAGGUGACAUUUAUCGAUGCUGGUGACGAGGCCCCGAUCUUCACUUUCCCGCCAGGCUCCAUCCCUGGGGAGAGAAUCCGACCCUGGCUCUGGGUGGGGGAUAUAGAAACCCGGCUCAGCCUGUGUCCCUGAGACACACAGCAGAGGGGGGAACUGGAAAUCAGCCUCUCUAGCCUCAUGGACCCCAGACUCUAUGACCUUGGAGGACUCUCAUCUACCCAGCCCUUGGCUCCUCAUCUCUAUGACGUGUGGAAGCCCCUCCCCUUCCCUGCAGCCCCAGGGAUUGGGGGGUGGGAAGAACCCCUGGGGAUGCAGGAGGA